GACAGCAGGAGGCGCCAGAGCUGGAAAGAUGAUUUCUGCCAAGAGUUCAGAAUCUGUGGACGGAGUCAGCAGUCCAGGAAGUCCUGCAAGCCGCUCAUCAACUCCCAACAGAGAGGUGAAGAAGGUGGCGGUGGUUCGAACUCCUCCCAGGUCUCCCGGCGCUGCUCGUGGACGGACGCCCCCCCUCCCCUCCCACCCAAUGCCCGACCUCAGUAAUGUGAAGUCAAAGAUCGGAUCCAUAGAGAACGUCAAGCACACACCUGGAGGGGGCAAGGUUCAGAUUGUUCAUAAGAAGAUGGAUCUCAGUAAUGUGACGUCAAAGUGCGGCUCCAAAGUCAACAUCCAUCACAAACCAGGUGGAGGGAAGGUGGAGAUUAAAUCAGAGAAGGUGGAUUUCACAGCGGUUCAGUCUAAAGUCAGCUCUCUGGAGAACAUCACCCACGUGCCGGGAGGAGGGAAGAAAAAGAUUGAGAGUCAGAAGUUGAUGUUCAGAGAGAGCGCCAAAGCUCGGACCGACCACGGUGCUGACAUCAUCGUCCAGUCUGACUCCUCCCCUCCUCACCUUAGCAACACUUCCUCUCCAGGAAGCCUAAAUGCUGCUGAAGCUCCGCCCCUGGACACCUUGGCCGACCAGGUGACUGCCUCCCUGGCCAAACAAGGCCUGUGA